UCAUGUGGCCACAGCAGAGAGACUGCCAAGCUCUUCUCGAAUUAGACUCAGGGUGAGAGACAGAGACUUUAUUGGACUUCUAAACACAGGCUGUUUCCACUUUACACAAACGGACACAAGGGCACGAUCUGGAAGACCACAAGUGAUAAAUGCCCUCCUGAGACGUAAACACGCAGGCCUUCAAUACUGGAGUGCUGGUUCUCUACAGCCUUGAGCAUGUGUGGGCAACCUGCCCGGGCAUUAUGAUAUCGCAGUACCCGCUGGCAUCACUGCUCCCCUGGCCGCCCGUCCCACAGCUCCUGGACAUAGAUGGGGAUGGAGGGGUGGCCCUGCAGAGGUACCAGCCACGGUCCCCGGAGACCGGCCCUCGAUACUGGAGCUCAGUGCAGGACUGGGGAGAGGAGGUCGAGGAAGGAGCCAUAUACAACGUGACAUUGAAGAGGGUCCAAAUUCAGCAGGCCGCUAACAAAGGAGCAAGAUGGCUGGGGGCGGAAGGUGACCGUUUGCCCCCAGGUCACACGGUCAGUCAGUUGGAGACGUGUAAAAUCAGAAGCAUUCGAGCAGGGACACUUGAACGCCUGGUAGAAACGCUCCUCACAGCGUUCGGUGACAAUGACCUAACCUACACCAGCAUCUUCCUCUCCACGUACAGGGCCUUUGCCUCAACACAGAGCGUCCUGGAGCUGCUGCUGGACAGGUAUGGCAGUUUUGAGGAUUGUGAAGGGGAGCGUAGCCAGUGUCAGACCGGAGAAAGCAGAAAAGCUGUCAGAAAAGCUUUGGCCUCUAUUCUGAGAGCCUGGCUGGAUCAGUGUCCAGAGGACUUCCAGGAACCUCCGUCAUAUCCGAGCUUGCAUCGUGUGCUGGGUUUCCUGCAGAAGGCCAUGCCAGGCUCAGAGCCAAUGCGCCGCGCUCAGAGUCUGCUAGAACAAUUGCGUGUCCAGGCCAGUCUAGAGAACGAGACCGAAGGAGGCUUUCAGUACAUCAACCCCUUCUGCCUUGGGGAGGAUGAGGAAGUGGAGAUCGACUUGCAGGAGGACUUCUUCUCCUUCGAGGUUGACCUCGUAGCAGAGCAGCUGACGUAUAUGGAUGCGCUGUUAUUUAAAAAGGUGGUUCCUCAUCACUGUUUGGGCUCGAUCUGGUCUCAGCGUGACAAAAAAGAUGGCAAGCAGAGUGCACCAACCAUCCGUGCCACCAUCACCCAGUUUAAUGCGGUAACGGCAUGUGUGGUCAGCACUAUCCUCCGUCAGCGGCAGAUACGCCCACAUUUGCGUGCUCGCAUCAUCCAGCGCUGGAUCGACAUCGCACAGGAGUGUCGCAUUCGGAAGAACUUCUCGUCUCUGAGAGCCAUCGUGUCUGCUCUGCAGUCCAACCCCCUCUACAGACUAAAGAGGACAUGGGCAUCUGUUUCUAAAGACAGCAUGCAGAUGUUUGAAGAGCUUUCUGACAUUUUCUCCGAUCAAAAUAAUUACCUUACAAGCCGGGAGCUGCUAAUGAGGGAGGGCACUUCAAAAUUUGCCAGUCUGGACAGCUGUGCCAAAGACCACCAAAAAAGGUCACAAAAGAGACUUCAGUUACAAAAAGAUAUGGGUGCCAUGCAGGGAACGAUCCCAUACCUGGGUACAUUUCUCACAGAUCUGACCAUGCUUGACACAGCCCUGCCUGACCAAGUGGAGGGAGGACUGAUUAAUUUUGAGAAGCGGCGCAGGGAGUUUGAAGUGAUCGCUCAGAUUAAGCUCCUACAGUCUGCAUGCAACAGUUACUGUCUGACCCCUGACCCUGCAUUUUUGCGCUGGUUUAAAAGUCAGCCGCAGUACUCGGAGGAGGAGAGCUACGUGCUGUCAUGUGAAGUCGAAGGACUGGGAGACAACAGCCCGACUUCACCAAAACCCAGAAAAAGCAUGGUGAAGAGACUGAGCCUACUCUUCUUAGGUAAUGACAGCACAAACACCAGCUCUCCUGUAAGAGAAAGUCCUCGAUCGCCUCCUACUGGUAGCUCUGGGGAGAGCAUGGACUCGGUCAGCGUGUCCUCCAGUGACUCCAGUCCCUCAGAGAGUGACUGCAUGACACCAACACACUCCAUAGAUGCUCACUUGAAGAAGCUGUCCGAGUCUUCCUCCUGCACCUCAUUGCACUCCAUGGACACCUCGUCUUCUACAGCAAGCGCCUCCAUUUCUCUGGCCUCCCCGAUUUUGCCCGGGCCACCCUGCAACCACCGGCGCUCCAUCUCACUGACGCCCUUGAUGAGCCCCACCUCACCCGGAUUUCCACCCGCCUAUAACACACAAGCUCAAGAUGCCUGCAUCAUCCGAGUGAGCCUCGAACAGGGGAAUGGCAACCUCUACAAGAGCAUCAUGCUGACCAGUCAGGACAAAACUCCAGCGGUGAUCUCUCGAGCCAUGACCAAACACAACCUGGAGGGCGAGCAGACGGCUGACUAUGAGCUGGUGCAGGUCAUCUCAGAGGAGAGAGAGCUGGUUAUCCCCGACAAUGCCAAUGUGUUUUACGCCAUGAGCACAUCGGCGAACUUCGACUUCCUGCUGCGUCUGCGAGGCUCCGAGGGAAGGCCGGUUCAGCUGCGCAGCCGCUGCAGCUCCACACUCCCACGCACACAGCAGCGCUCCAGUCUGUCCCACAGACUCAGCAAGGUCACCCUGUGACGAAGAGACUAAUGCUGGAGGAGUGCUGAAAAACGGGCUCAGUAGACAAUUGCACGGGGAGCAUCUCCAGUUCUUCCAUUUUUGCCUUUUGAAACAAAAAGGGCACUUUCAGAAUAAUAGCAUGUGCCUCCACCUCCCCAUCUGGCCCUAUUUUAUCCCACCCUAUUGCUGGAUAUUUUGCACACAUGCAGGAAAGUCUCCUGCUCCUCGUCAGUAUUUGCAUAAGAGCACAUCUCUUCCCAGGCAUGAGGCCUAUUUAACCUCCUCCAAUAAGUGAGAGGGGAAUGAAUUAAGCUUUGGGAAGAGAACUCAAAUGACAGCCAUGUUGCCUUUAUAGAUGGUAACGGUGGAACUCUUACGUCAGUAUUGAAGAUGAUCUGCAGUAGCUAUGAUGUCAUCGUUGUCAUUGUCAUCAAUGUAUACGUCUCCUGUCCCCUUGUGCACUGUGUGAACAAUGUGGACAUAAUCCAUAGAUUAUAGGGAUAGAUCACCCAAAAUGACUUUUUGUCAUAAUUUAUUCACCCUCCACUUGCUCUAAACUUGUUUGACUUCCGUUCUUCUGUUGAAGAUAAAAGAAGAUAUUUUGAAGAAUGUUCAUUUUUUCACAUACUAUAGAUCUCAGUAGUUACCAUUUUCCAUCCAGUUUCCAACAGGUUUCAAAACACUAUAGGGUGAGAAAAUGGUGAGUAAAUUUUCAUUUUUGGGUGAACUAUCCCCUAAAAUGCUUAGACCGGCUCACUAAGAAUUCCCAUUUUUGAGGCCAAACUUGAGAAUAAAUAAAUAGUUUGUGCUAGAUAUUAUUAAUAAUAGAUAUCUAUGUUAAAAAGUCUAAAACCUCAUGUCUGCCUGUAUUCUCUUUGCCUAAUCUAAGCAUUUUAUCUCUAUUUCUGUAUUUCUCAUAUUGUGAGCUGCAUGACGAAUGCCUUAAGUGCGUUCUGAUUGGUUCCUGCUUGGUUUUAUCAAGUCUGUGGUGUUUGUUUGUUUUCACUGUUUUCAGGGUGUGUCUUUAAGGUGUGGUCACAAGCACCGAUAGGAUGGGUUUCUGUUCAGAAACCUGGAUUGAGUCGCCUUCCUCACUGAUACAGUGGCACUUCCUGUGGAGUGGACAGUGUGUGCGUGUGUGUGUAUGCGC